AUGGAACUUUACAAAUUAUCGGGACGAGCGAGUGGGGGAGUGUGUCUCAAAUGCCGGCACUUCACCGCGGGCCGACACUGCCACUACUGCCGCGAGGGAUACUAUAGGGACCCAACUAAACCGAUCACGCAUAAGAAAGCUUGCAAACCCUGCGACUGCCACCCAGUGGGGGCGAGCGGCAAGACGUGCAACCAGACGAGUGGACAGUGUCCCUGCAAGGACGGCGUGACGGGAACAACAUGCAACCGCUGCGCUAAGGGCUACCAGCAGUCUAGGAGCCACAUUGCACCUUGCAUACGUAUCCCGCGCGUAGUGACGGCGGUACAGGCGAUGGAGGCGGUGGACGCCGAGCCGGGCCGCGCGGAACAGUGCGGACGGUGCCGCGCCGGCGCGCGAACUCUCAAUCUCAACAAGUUCUGCAGCCGAGACUACGUCAUAAUGGGUCGAGUGGUCGGGCGCGAGGCGGGCGGCGCGGACGGGUGGGUGCGGCUCGCACUGGCCGUGCAGGCGGUGUACAAGCGCGCUCCGCGGAGUCGUCUGCGACGCGGCGCAGUGGCACUGUACGUGCGCGCCGCGGACCUCGCCUGCAAGUGUCCCAAGAUCAAGAUUAAUAAGUCCUAUUUAAUCCUAGGAGUGGAAAAAGAGGGUGCAUCGUCUGGUUUGCCAGGACUGACGGUGGGGGAUCGAACAUUGCUACUCGAGUGGCGGGAUGACUGGCACAGACGCAUCCGUCGCCUCCAACGGCGCGCCAUCAACUGCCAC